UCUCUAGAAAAAGUAGAAAAAAGGUUGGAACAGGUUAAUCAGAAACUUGAAAGUGUUUUUAUCGAAAUAUCUUUUAUCAAAGGGUACAUUUUUAAAUUUACUAAUGAAAAUAAUGAGGAAAAAAAGAAUUGA